UAAUAAUAAAGAAAAAUCAAGAUAGAAAGUGAUAAUUAAUUUUCUCUGAAAUCUCUCUUGUAAAAUCCAUUCUUCAUUUCUCUCUUGAGUCUCAUUGUCUUCGAUGCUUUGGUAGCAUAGAGCAUCAACGUAGCGAGGACUGACUAGCAGAUUUGGGAUCAUAACAUAAAAGGGUUAAAAUUUACUGAACAAUGGAAGGUACAAAUGAAGAAGAGGUCAUUGAAACUAGAGAAGAAGGAAACACUCCUCCUAUCGGGAAGAACGAGCCGUCGGGAAAUGAGGCAGGAGGAGAGAAAGAGGAGGAAGGAGUCCCUUUAAAGAAUGGAGAAAAUGGAUCGGUGACUGGCCAAGUAGUGGAUGAAAGAAAGAAAGAAGAUGAGACCGAGAAGAAGACUAAAGGAGGAGAGGAAGAAAAAGGAGAGAAUGGAGACGAUGAAGGAGAGAAUGGAGACAAAGAAGGAGAGAAUGGAAGUAAAGAAGAAGGAAAGGAAAAUGGGAGUAAAGAAGAAGAGAAAACAAAUGGAGGGGACAGCGAUGAGAGAGAAAGUAACGGCGAUGAAGGUCGUAAUGAAACUGCUGAGACUAAUGAUAAUGAACAAGAUGAGAAUGGAGAGAGAGGGAAUGAGGUAGAGGGUAAUGGUGGAUUGGAAGAAGUCGGAAAGAGCAAUGGAUUGGUCACUCAAUCUGAGGGUGACGCUUCGCCUGUACAGGAUAGAGAGUCCACGCCCACCAAUGAGGAACAAAAUACGGAAAAUGGAGACAAGGAAGCCACGCCCACUAGAGAGGAUGAGACGAGUCCAGGGGAGGAGGAUGGGCGUGAGGCCACGCCCACUGAAGAGGACGGGGUUGCUAGGAGACCGGAGGUGCGAACGGUUAGAUUUUCGGAGGACGUUGAGCGAUUUGAAAUAUCAAGUGAUACCACCGAUCACAGGGAACUAGUACAAGUUGAAUUAUCAGAGGAUCAUCGUGAAGGAGAAUCUCCUACAGAAGUAUCUUCACCCACUUCUACCUCAAUACCAGGACUGCCCCAGCUAACCACAGAACAAUUAGUGACAGGAGUAGUCUACCAGGCACAAUAUCUUGGCUCUACUCCAAUAAUCUUCUCCACUUCACAAAAGACGGUACGAAUGCAGCAAGCAAGAGAAGCUGUGAAGUUAUUUAAGGACCCAGAAAAUGAAACACAACCAAGAAUUGAUGUUGAGCUAAAGAUCAGUACUAAAACUAUUGUCAUAGCAGAUAAAAAGACCCAGGUUGAUCUAAUGACUCACCCACUAAGAACUGUAUCCUACGUUGCAGACAUUGAGGGAUCACUGGUGAUAAUGGCACACAGGACGAUACCAUCAUCACCUGGACAACAACUCAAAUUAACUUGUCACGUACUGGACACUGAAGAUCCCAGAAUAGUUGCAAUGGUCAUAGGACAGGCUUUCAGUACAGCCUAUAAAGAGUACCUAAAGUCACAUGGUAUCAAGGAGGAGUCUUUGGAUCAGUUUGAGUAUAAUCACGUCCUUAAUUCCCAGACUAAAUCGGAAGCUGAUUUGAAUUCAUUUAAAGAUGAUAAUAAGACGAGAGAAAUUACAUUUGCUAAACCAAAGGGCGAUAUACUAGGCCUAGUGGUGAUUGACUCAGGCUAUGGAUCAGUCAUUCCAUCAUGUAUAGUAGCUCACAUGAACAAGACUGGAGCAGCUGGUAGAUCAAACCUACUUAACGUUGGGGACCAGAUCCUCUCCAUCAAUGGAGUCAGUCUAGUUGGAAUGCCACUGAGAGUAGCCAUUGACCAGAUUAAGAAAUGUCGUAAUUUGACUUUAGUAAAGAUGACCACGUGCAGCUGUCCUGCUGUGGUUGACGUUACUAUCAUGAGACCAGACCUGAAGUUCCAGCUGGGGUUCUCAGUUAAAGAAGGAAAUAUAUGUUCUCUAUGGAGAGGGUCAAUAGCUGAGAGGAGUGGUAUCAGAGUAGGUCACAGGAUUAUUGAGAUCAAUGGUACCAGUACUGUGGGUAUCACACACGAGGAGAUAGUCCACAUGCUAUCCACAACAGUUGGAGAUCUACACAUAAGGACGAUGCCCACUAUCAUGUAUCAGUUACUAACAGGACAAGUAGCGCCAGAGUAUUUUUAACCCGUUUAUCAUCAGCAGAAUAUGACUAUAUAUUAUAAUAGGGAUCGAGAGAAAAUAUUUCGCAAAAAUUAUUGUUACAAUAAAUAAUUAUGUUUAAAUUCACUUUA